ACCUUCCAGCUAUGGGUUUGGGGUUUUUUUAAUUCUUAAAUUCCAGCCAUGAAGCAGUGUGUUCGGUACACUGUGUGUAGCGACCCAUUUUCUCCGCUGUUUGCAGGUACCCAUCACUGUAACUGGUCUGUGCCCUACCGGAACCGCUGCAUCAUCUUGCGGUGUCACCAGCCAAGCGUCUGCCAGAAUGCUGGAGAACAAGAUAUCGGAGAUCUGCUGGGAGAAAUUGUCAGUGGGAAGAGGGAAACAGCCCUGUUUCACCACCAAAGCUAUCCACAGAAAAAGGAGAGGACAGUGAACGCACGGCUUGACCGAUACAACGUGGAAAACCUCUUUUCCUCAACUGCUCAGACACACAAGGUUCAUUUGAGGCAUUUGCUUGGGGUUGAAAAUGUAACAACAAAUGCAAGCAAAACCAUUGCAAGCAAUGCAACCACCACCACCCUGACCAUCACCACCGCGACCACCACCAGUACCACAGCCAUAGCAACAAAUGGUACAAGCACAGCUGUCCUCACUACAGCUUCUGGAACAACUGCCAAAGCCUCCAGCACCCCUGGAGGUUCUGCUCUCCUGGCUGAAGCCAUGUCAUCCACUGCCUCUUCUCCCACUUCUGGAAACAUCCCUGCUUCCACUUCCAGCCAUGUCACCAAGCUUGUGACCACCACCGAAAAAUCAGGAGAUGGUAGCUCUGUCUCAGUAUUGUUCCCGACUUCUGCUCCCCUCACUGUCAUCUCAGAAGCAGCUCCUGGGGUGCCUCAAACAGAGCAGUUUCACCCGUCUACCACCACCAGCGCUCCCCGCUCCAGUAGCCCGGCCACUGUUGGAGCUGGACUGAAGACACCGAGCACAACAUCGACCAUCCCCGUCCCGCAGCAUGCAGGAACAUCUGCUGCUUCCACUCGUGCCAUGGCACUCACCCCCUCGGAGAGUUCACGCUCUGGGAGUCCCCUGCCUGUCUUUACCUUGCCGUAUACAGAGCCAGGAGCAAGUACAGCCACACCAUCCUUGAGUAAAUCAACUUCUCUGCUGGGCUCUACGAGAGGUGCCGUGGUUUUAACGCCUGCCUCUGCAGCAGAACCUACGACUGGGCAGGGCGUAAAGCCAUCAACAACAUCUCACAUCUUUUCAACAACCACGGCUCCAGCAGAUGCACCCAGAACAACAGCUUUGGACCGUAAAGAAACUCAGGACAGGGACGAUGAGUAUCUUUUCAUUGCCGCUGAGCCCCUGACUCAGUACUUAGUAGAUAAAAGUUCGCUUCUUGCAGUGCUUUUAGUCGGUGCGGUUUUUUUCAUAACUGUUAUAGUUCUUUUCCUUCUGCAGGCCUACGAAAGCUACAAGAAGAAAGAUUACACACAAGUGGAUUACCUGAUCAAUGGAAUGUAUGUGGACUCGGAGAUGUGA